UCGGACUGGAAGGUCCAACUCUACACCUCCGAGUCGGCUUACAAUUCCCUCGUCGUGUUGGUCGUCUAUGGAGUGGACGGCUGUUCCGGCCCAAUCAUUCUUGGUGCAAGUGGAAGCGAGAAGGGGCUCUUUCGUGCUGGCAAUGUGGAUGAGUUCAAGGUUAGUCUCCGCGGCAUCGGGCCGAUAUUCAAAAUCCGCCUUGAAGUCAACCCCAUUGACGAUUCUGAACUGCCCUAUUGGGGCCUUCAGCAGGUUGUCUUCAAAAAUGAAUUGAAUCAAAAGCGCCUGCUGUUUGAUUUUGUUGGGCGACCUUUUGUGAGUACCUACGGACAUUGUCAGUUGGCCCGGGAGCAACUGUUAAGCUCCAAAUCCUACAUGGACACUCCGGAGGGCAAUUGUUUGCCCGCACAGCUACUGCGGGCGGACGGACGAGAUCCGAGUGUGGGUCUGGUGCUGUAUCGCAUUCAGCUUUGUGUCCUGUCCACUCCUCCACAGGACGUUGUCUCACAUCUCACCGACUCCGCAGCCCCCGUUCCUCACUUGGCCCUCUACGGCGAGUUUGGGGAUACCGGACGAAGACCAGUGGCGUUGGUUAACCCGAAGACUGGUCCUAUCCAGGAGAACACAGAUAAACCGUUGCAGGGUCUCUUCAGGUCAGGUCAGAUACUUUAA